AUGACCUCGGGCGAGUCAGCACAGCAAGCAAAGGAGCCAUGCUCUCCAGAGCUUGGACCAUUCAAGGACCAAAUAGCACGACCUCAAGAUCCAGAUAGUGAAAAUACCAAUGCCGAUCUUGCCUCGCUAAAGUACUCACUUCUUGGUCCGUCCUUGACAAAGGCCGGCCAGGACAAGGUUGAUCAGUCCAAGGUCGCCGAAGUUAUCUAUAAUUCUUCCAAAGGUUCCAAGUUCUUCAACCGUGAGGAGGAAAGAGACAAAGCCCUGACGGUCAAGAUUGAUCAAAUCCUCGCCAAAAAGCGACAGUUGGAGAAGCUAGACCUCUCUCGGGAGCUCAGGGCUGCAGAUGCGCUGCUUGCACAACUCGAGGCCUCACGUGAUCUUACUCAACACAUUGUUCAUAUCGAUUGCGAUGCCUUCUACGCCGCUGUUGAACAACUGGACCGUCCCGAGCUCGCAGACCUCCCCUUUGCCGUGGGUGGGGGCGUUCUGACAACCUGUAACUAUGUAGCUCGGAGAUUUGGAUGUCGAAGCGGCAUGGCCGGCUUCGUGGCAAAAAAGCUCUGCCCUGAGCUCAUUUUGCUUCCACUCAAUUUCGACAAGUAUAACGCAAAGGCUGCCGAGGUGCGAGAGAUCCUAGCAGACUACGACCCCCGGUUCGAAAGUGCCAGUAUUGACGAGGCCUAUCUCAACAUCACCCAGUACUGCAUCGACCACGGCAUGGAUGCUGCCGAUGUGGUGUCCCAAAUGAGAAGGGAGAUACAUGAAAAGACACACAUCACCGUGUCCGCAGGGAUUGCAGCCAAUGCACGUCUGGCGAAAAUCUGCUCCAACAUGAAUAAGCCUAACGGACAAUACGUUCUUCCUCGUGACCGGGUCGUCAUCAUGGAGUUCAUGCGGAACCUCUCGUGCCGGCAAGUCAACGGUAUCGGACGAGUUCUAGAGCGGGAGCUUGGUACCAUUGGCAUAAGCACCUGCGGCGACAUUUAUACUCAACGACAGUUCAUCGAGAAACUUUUCGGUGAGAAGACCUACAACUUCCUUUUGCGGUGCUAUCUUGGCCUUGGACGCACGAGCAUACAGCCUGCCGAAGAGUAUGAGCGCAAGAGUGUUGGAACAGAGCGCACGUUCCGUGACAUGGAUAAUCCGACCCAGUUACGUGAGCAGCUCAGACGAAUAGCAGAAGAGUUGGAAAAGGAUAUGCGGCGGGCUGAAUGCAAAGGUCGGACUCUCUGCAUCAAGGUUAAGCUACAUACGUAUGAGGUGCUCACACGUCAAAUAGCUCCGCCAAAGGCGGUCUAUCUCGCCGAUGACUUGUACGACUACGCACUGCCAAUGCUGGUGAAGCUUGAACAAGAGGUCCCUAAUAUCAAGUUACGCCUCCUGGGCCUCCGAUGUACCCAUCUACUCAGCACAAAAAGGCCAGAUACAAUGGCCUUUUUUGGGUUCAGACCGAGGAGGGCGGGCUCUGUAGAGACUGGGGAAUCUACCAGCCGCAUGAAUCCAAAGAAAGCCGCUGGCACUGGAGAAGAGUGGGAGGAGUGGCCCUCUGAAGCACGCAACGAUGUCCUCCUAGCUGAGCGCGCAGGGAGCAGCUCAGGGGCCGACAGUCCAUUCUGGAGACAUGGCAAAGAAGUUCUCCCCAACCCGAAGAAGGAAAAACAGCCUGCUGAGGUGAUGCAGGAGGAGCUUUGGGACUGCCCAAUAUGCAACCGACCACAAACGCCUGACGAAAGACAGUUCAAUGAGCACAUUGAUCUAUGUCUCUCGAGGCAAACUAUUCGAGACGCCAUUCAGCAGGUGGCUGCUUCAACCCCUCCACCCGGCAAGCCCAGUAUUCCUGAAGCAAAGAAGAGCAAAGAUAAGAAGAGAGGAAGGCAGUCAACAGCAGCCGAUCCUCGACAGAAGAAGCUUCGGUUUACAUGA